AGCAAGAGGGCUGACAAGAACCCCAGCGUUAGCGCCGUGAACGGACGCGCCGGCGGCGGUGGUGCCGGUGGCAAGAGUCACAAGAGCGUCGGCACCAGCGCGAGAUCGUCUCGCGGCAGAUCGGCCGAGCAUCAUCGCCAGGAGAUCGUCAGGGUGGAGGAGGAGCAGCAAUAUGCCUCGCGCCGUAGCUACCUGGAGACCAGUACUGGCGCCGUGCUACCGGCUGGCGCCAGCCUUAAGCUGACCAGGGGGCGAGCUACCAACACCGUGGCCCGUUACUUGCACUCGGCGGCGACCGCGAACGCCGGCCACUACCACCAUCAUCACCACGGGCUGCGCAGCCAACAGUACCCGAGGCCGACCGGCAGACACCAUCAGCAUCAUCACCCAAGCCACGCGGCGUUCAGUAAUGAGACGCAGGAAGAGGUACAGGAGGACGAUGAAGCCACUCUACGGGAGUUGCUCGUA